AAAUAGUCAAAAUAUGAUAACAAUUCAUGAAUCAGAGCUAGUUUCUUCGUUUUCGAGCUUGUCUCCAGUUAUGAAUUGGCGAGGUAGCAUAAAACUGCGCAUGAUUCUUCUAAUCUUCAUACACCUUUCAUCCAUGGCGCUGGGGCAGGACAAUCCCUACAACUGCACCACCGCCGCCUCCAAUUUCACAAGCAACAGCGCCGAUCUCACCGCCUUACUCCGCUCUCUCUCCUCCAACAUCACCGACUACGGCUUCCACACCGCAUCCGUCGGCGCAGCCAACGGCCUCGCCCUCUGCCGCGCCGACCAAUCCCCGCACAUGUGCCGCGCUUGUAUCCAAUCCGCGUCGCGCGAGCUUCUCGAAUCGUGCCCCGGCGCGAGGCAGGCUGUGAUAUGGUACGAAUACUGCACCCUUCGCUACUCCAACGACCCCAUACACAACACGCGCGUGGCCGAUCCAGUUAAGAGACUGCGGAAUACACAAAAUGCUGCGAAUGGAAACGCGUUCAAGGAGGAUAGAGCGAGACUGCUGGCUGAUCUCACCGCGCGGGCGGCUAACGGCACGUUCCAGCUCAAGGUCGGUGCGGGAGCUAGGAAUCUAACGCGCUCUGAUUUUGCGACGAUUUAUGGACUGGUGCAGUGUACGCCGGACUUUUCGUCGGAGGAUUGCCGGAGAUGCUUGACUGAAAUUGCGGAAAUCCUUCGAAAUUAUACUUCGAUUGGGUUCAGAGUGCUAGGACCUGAUUGCGUUAUUCGGUAUGAAGUAGUUGAUUUCUACAAUGAAACUAGGCUUGGGGAAUUGGGGGUAAAACUUGUAGCUUCACAAUCGACGCCGCCGGCGACCUCGCAGCCAGGAAUCAAUGGUGAUAAUACAAUAUUGGGAAAGAAAGAUGAUAAUAAGACAAAAGUUAUGAUCUUCAUUGCUGUUCCAGUUGGGGCAACUCUUAUAUUUGCUGGUUGUGCCAUCAUUAUCUUCAUUAGAAGAAGAAUGAAGCGGAGUGGUGCAUAUGAGAUAGCGAAGACUGCUGAGGACAUUAGCAAUGUUGAAUCCCAGCAAUAUGAUUUUAGCAGCAUCAGAGCUGCAACUAAUGAUUUUUCCAAUGCUAACAAGCUCGGGCAAGGUGGAUUUGGGGCUGUUUAUAAGGGAAAACUUCAAACUGGCGAAGAAAUAGCAGUGAAAAGGUUGUCCAAAGAUUCAGGGCAAGGCAAUAUGGAAUUCAAGAAUGAGGUUUUGUUAGUUGCCAACCUUCAACAUAGGAAUCUGGUGAAGCUCUUAGGUUUCUCUAUGGAAGGAACUGAGAGGGUAGUAAUAUAUGAGUUCGUUGAGAAUGCAAGCCUUGACCAGUUCAUAUUUGAUCCAGUCAAACGUUCACAAUUGGACUGGGAUAAACGCUACAAGAUCAUAGGGGGUAUUGCGAAGGGGCUUCUGUACUUGCACGAAGACUCUCGACUCAAGAUCAUUCAUCGUGAUUUAAAAGCUAGUAAUGUACUGCUGGAUGGAGAUAUGAAUCCCAAGAUUGCAGAUUUUGGCAUGGCAAGAUUAUUUAAACAAGAUGAAACUCAAGGAAAUACAAGAAAGAUUGUUGGAACUUAUGGAUAUAUGUCACCUGAAUACGCAAUGCAUGGUAAGUAUUCGGAUAAGUCAGACGUGUUCAGUUUUGGAGUGCUUGUUCUGGAAAUCUUGAGUGGUCAGAGAAAUGUUUGUAUCCAAAAGGAGGAGAAUGGAGAGAGCCUCUUGACUUUUACAUGGAAGAAGUGGAGAGAAGGGACAGCUGCAAAUGUGAUAGAUCCGGUGCUGAGGAAUGGCGCGGGUUCUGAACGUGAUAUAGUGAGAUGCAUUCACAUCGGACUGUUGUGCGUUCAGGAAAACGCUUCAAAGAGGCCAACAAUGGCUUCGGUUGCAGUAAUGCUCAGUAGUACGACAAUGAGUCUGACAGUGCCUUCUCAGCCCGCAUUUUAUUUGAGUUGUCGCUAUCGCCCCCAAGACUCCAAAGAUUCCUACUCCAGCGAAGUGGGAUCAGGUGUAUCUCAAGGCACGUCGUCUGUAAACGAUGUUUCAGUAACCGAGAUAUAUCCUCAACUUACGCUUCUUCUCCUUUCAAUAGGUCGGGAGUUUGAGUCACCUGCAGUUGUAAUGUAUCCAGUGCGCAUGAUUCUAGUUAUCAUCAUAUACCUUUCAUCCCGGGCAAGAGCACAGGAAAAUCCCUUCCGAUGUACCAGUAACGGGAGCUACAGGAAUAACAGCGUAUACAGCGCCAACCUCAACGCCCUACUCCUUUCUCUUUCCACCAACAUGAGCGACUACGGCUUCCACGGCACAUCCGUUGGCGCAGUCAACGGACUCGCCCUAUGCAGGGCCGACCAAACCCUUGAGCAGUGUCGCACUUGUGUCGAGUCAGCCUCGCGCGAGGUGCUUCAGUCAUGCCCCAGCGCGAGACAGGCGGUUAUAUGGUAUGAACACUGCUCCUUGCGCUACUCUAACGAUCCCAUACACAAUACGCAGACGGAAGAUCCCACCUAUCUGCUAAGAGAUGCACAAAAUGCUUCGAAUGGAGAUGCGUUCAAGGAGGACAGGGCGAGGCUGCUGUCUGAUCUCAUGGCGCAGGCGGCUAAUGGCACGUUCGAGCUCAAGGUUGGUGCAGGGGCUAGGGAUCUCUCACACUCUGACGUUGCCACGAUUUAUGCACUGGUGCAGUGUACCCCGGACUUUUCAUCGGAAGAUUGCCGGAGAUGCUUGGCUGGGCAUUCCCAAUUCCUUCAAAGUUAUAUUUCGAUUGGGAUCAGAGUGCUAGGACCCAACUGCAUUAUCUGGUAUGAAGAUAUUGGUUUCUACAAUGAAACUCGGCUUAGGGAAUUGGGGGUGCAAAUUGUAGCUUCGCACCCACCAGAAACCAAUGGAAAUAAUACAAUACUUAUACACGGAAAGAAAGAUGAUAAUACGGCAAAAGUUAUCAUCUUCAUUGCUGUCCCAGCUGGAGCAACUCUAUUAUUUGCUGCUUGUGCCAUCAUCAUCUUCAUUAGGAGAAGAACGAAGCGGAGCAGUGCAUAUAAAAUAGCCGAGUCUGCUGAUGACAUUUGUAAUGUUGAAUCCCUGCAAUAUGAUUUUCGCAGCAUCAGAGUUGCAACUAAUGAUUUUGCCGAUGCUAACAAGCUUGGCCAAGGCGGAUUCGGGGCUGUUUAUAAGGGAAAACUUCAAACUGGCCAAGAAAUAGCAGUUAAAAGGCUAUCCAAAGAUUCAACGCAGGGCAAUGUUGAAUUCAAGAAUGAGGUUUCGUUGGUUGCCAAACUUCAACAUAGGAAUCUGGUGAAACUCUUAGGAUUCUCUAUGGAAGGAACUGAGAGGGUGCUAAUAUAUGAAUUCGUUCCGAAUGCAAGCCUUGACAAGUUCAUAUUUGAUCCUGUCAAAAGUUUGCAGUUGGAUUGGAAUAGACGCUACAUGAUCCUAAGGGGUGUCGCAAAGGGGCUUCUGUACUUGCACGAAGACUCUCGACUCAGGAUCAUUCACCGUGAUCUAAAAGCCAGCAACAUACUGUUGGAUGGAGAUAUGAAUCCUAACAUUGCAGAUUUUGGCAUGGCGAGAUUGUUUAAACAAGAUGAAACUCAAGGAAAUACAAGCAAGAUAGCUGGAACUUAUGGUUAUAUGUCGCCUGAAUACGCAAUGCAUGGUAUGUACUCGAAUAAGUCUGAUGUGUAUAGUUUUGGGGUGCUUGUUCUGGAAAUCUUGAGUGGUCAGAGAAGUGCUUGUAUCAAAAAUGAGGAGAAUGGAGAGGACCUAUUGGCUAUUACAUGGAAGAAGUGGAGCGAAGGGACAGCUGCAGAUAUGAUAGAUCCUGUGGUGAGGAAUGGCACGGGAUCUGAACGCGAUAUGGUGAGAUGCAUACACAUUGGUCUGUUGUGCGUUCAAGAAAAUGCUACAAUGAGGCCAACAAUGGCUUCGGUUGGUCAAAUGCUCGGUAGAACGAAAAUGAGUCUGCCAGUGCCCUCUGAGCCUGCAUUUUAUUUGAGUAGUCACUAUGGCCCCGUAGACUCCUACUCAAGCGAAGUGAGAACAGGUGUAUCUCAAGGCUCGUCGUCUGUAAACGAUGUUUCAAUCACCGAGUUAUGUCCUCGUUGAUUUUGUCUCUACACACUAAUUAUGAAUGUAAAUUUUUUCUGUUUUCACAAUGGCCAUACUGUGGACCUCUUGACUUAUGUAAGUAAAUGGAUUUGGAAAUUCUAAAUAUAAUCUGCUAA